AUGGCGUGUAUAAGAAAAACUACACCUUUCUGCGUUUUAUUUCUUGCUCUUUACGCCGUGUUUUCCCAAGUAGAAGCGAACGAGUGCUCUUCUGACUCUGAUUGUACGGGCUUACAGUAUUGCUGUGACAGAAAGUAUCCUGAAGACAAUAUAUGUCGGUACAGUUGCAUUGGUCAGUCUUGUAUCUUCAAUAACGACUGUGCCCCGGGUGAAUCUUGCUGUGAUUCUGAUAAGAAAUGUGCCACAACUUGUGUUGGAGCUCGAGAAUCGUGCGACUACAGUGGUGACUGUGCAACUGGUGAAUCUUGCUGUGGUUCUGAUAAGAAAUGUGCCACAACUUGUGUUGGAGAAUCGUGUAGCUACAAUGGCGACUGUGCGCCGGGUGAAUCUUGCUGUGGUUCUGAUAAGAAAUGUGCCACAACUUGUGUUGGAGCUCGAGAAUCGUGCGACUACAGUGGUGACUGUGCAACUGGUGAAUCUUGCUGUGGUUCUGAUAAGAAAUGUGCCACAACUUGUGUUGGAGAAUCGUGUAGCUACAAUGACGACUGUGCGCCGGGUGAAUCUUGCUGUGGUUCUGAUAAGAAAUGUGCCACAACUUGUGUUGGAGCUCGAGAAUCGUGCGACUACAGUGGUGACUGUGCGACUGGUGAAUCUUGCUGUGGUUCUGAUAAGAAAUGUGCGACAACUUGUGUUGGAAAAUCGUGUAGCUACGAUGGCAACUGUGCUACUGGAGAAUAUUGUAACUCUGAUGGCAAAUGUAAUACGGGAGAUUGCGAUGUGAUUAAAGGACUAGCUGGUUGGAUUGUUGCAGUGAUUGUUAUCAGUGUUAUUGUUGUUAUCGUUAUACCUAUUGCAGUCGUCGUGUUUUGCUGUUUUUGUGCGGCCGGUGCGGCAGCAGCCUCGAGACGUCCUGCUCAUGAUGGCGUUGUA